AUGAAUACACUCAGAUAUUGCUUCUUUGCCAUCUUGAUUCUCAGUGUUUCCCUUCUAUUUGUUUUCUAUGCCAUUAAUUUCCAUGUGCAAAAAUCUCUAAGGAGGCUCAACUUCCCAGUGAGCUCAACUUUAGCAGAAGCCUGUAAAGCACUUAUUGAAGACAAGGCGCCCUUUCUGAAGGAAACUGCUUUAAAAACAUCCUUCAGAAAACCCAACUGCACAGAGUACAUCAUGCAGAACCACUACAUCACCCGCACCCUGUCGUCCGAGGAGUCCUCCUUCCCCCUUGCCUACAUCAUCACCCUGCAUAAGGAGUUUGAGACCUUCGAGCGGCUCUUCAGGGCAGUCUACAUGCCCCAAAAUGUUUACUGCGUCCACGUGGAUGGCAAGGCGCCAGCCACCUUGUGGCAGGCAGUGCAGCAGCUGGUGGGCUGCUUCCCCAACGCCUUCCUUGCCUCCCACACCGAGCGGGUGGUCUAUGGCGGCGCAUCCCGCCUGCGGGCCGACCUGCACUGCAUGCGGGACCUGCUGGCCUCCGCCGUGCCCUGGCGGUACUUGCUGAACAUCUGUGGGCAGGACUUCCCCUUGAAGACCAACCGGGAGAUUGUCCGGCAGCUGAAGGGCUUCAGGGGGAAGAAUGUCACCCCUGGGGUGCUGCCGCCACCCCACGUCAUCGCUCGCACCAAGUAUGUGCACCGGGAGCAACUAUACCCUUUCUUUUCUUUCAUGCUGCGGACGUUUGUGCGCAAGGCUCCCCCACCACACAACCUGACCAUCUACUUCGGCUCUGCGUACAUUGCGGUCACCCGGCCCUUCGUGGAGUUCGUGCUGUGGGAUCAGCGUGCCAUCGACUUGCUGGUGUGGUCCCAGGACACCUACAGCCCCGACGAGCACUUCUGGGUGACGCUCAACAGGAUCCCAGAGGAUGAAAAAAAGGAGCAGUUUCCACAUGAGAAACACUCCUUCCUCUUCCAUGUUUUCCCUGCCAUCACUAGAGUGACAAAAGUGGCCAUGUAG